CUCACAUGCUGACGGCCUAGCUUGUUUCAUAGCGUGUAGCACCGCCGCUAAGAUGCAGCGUGGCCACGGCAGUCGCACAGUGGCGCGGCGCUUCUCCGGCUCGCCGGACGCGUCACCCGCGCUGGACCAGCUGCAGCAGCCCAGCUCGCAGCUGCUGCGGGGUUCGCUGCAGUCCAUGGCAGACGGCAUCAGUGCGUUCCCGACCCAGAAGAACCAACACGCCGAGACGGCAGGUAGCUUGCUAGGAGGCAGCCGCCGCGGCGCGGGCGGCGGUGACGAUGCCAUGUCCCUGGAUGACGCGGGUGAUGUGGGUCAGCGCCUGGAGGUGCUGCUCGCGGACGACCAGCACGAGGGGGGCGGCUCCCUACAGCUAGGCGUUUCUGCCGCACACGGCGGGACAGGCGCCGGCACACACCACCACGACGGCGGUGCGGAAGGCGCUGCGGGGGACGAGGAGGCGGACGGGGAAGGGCACGCGGCGGCGGAGCCGCCCACAGAACCGCCGCCUGGCCCCGUGACCGACACCAUCAUGACGGGCCUGGUGGGCAUGCAGCAGCGCAAGGCCGCGAUCGAGCAGCAGGUGCGGGUGGCGGUGGACUUCCUGGAGGCCAUGAAAAAGGACUUUGUGGAGCGCAUGAACAGGCUCAAGGCGGAGGUGGGCAGCUACUGCGGCAGCCAGGAGGCGGCGUGGCGCGACACCAACGCGCACACGCAGGAGGCGUUGAGCCGCCUGGAGGGCGCACGACAGCUGGUCAGGUCUCUCGGCCUCAACGCCGGGCACCCGGAUGCCGCGGCGGGGCUCCUGCAGGACCUGGAGGGUGCGGGUCAGGCUGAGGGUGGCGGGCACUGAGCAGUUCCUGCUGCGUAUGCGCCUGCAGGGCAUAUGGGGCGAUCAGCCCAUCAGGACGGCCAUGACGUGCUUGGACAUGGGGGUGGGGAGAGGCAUGCUGGGGUGGAAGCAGCGGCGACAGGACCAGUGGCCAGUAAGCAAGCAUAUCACCGCACGGUGCCACUGCACCAGCAGACUGAGCACUCACCAUGCCAGCUACGUCAUAUCGAGGAA